CUCUCAGGAUCAUUUGCGCAGCCCGUUUCGCGCCCGGUAAAUCGUCCAUGGCUGUAUCGACGCGGCAGCGCCGUCCCCUGCCUUCUGAUAACACCUCGUCGUCGUCGGAACCAUACACGAAGGUUAGUAAACCUCGGAGAUCGAGUGUCGGAGAUGAACAGGAUAAGGGGUUAGGAUGGUUCUUGCCUCUGCUAGCUUUGGGAAUAUUGAGAUACAUGAGUGCCACAUCUAACAUAAUACAUGACUGCGAUGAAGUUUUCAACUAUUGGGAGCCUCUCCAUUAUCUUCUCUACAAUUCUGGAUUCCAAACCUGGGAAUACAGCUCUCAGUUUGCACUUCGGUCGUACCUGUAUAUUAAUUUCCAUGAGCUAGUGGGCUUACCUGCUUCGUGGUUGAAUGGGGAAGAAAAGGUGAGAGUAUUUUAUGCAGUGAGACUCUUCCUUGGUCUCAUUUCUGUGAUUGCAGAUGCUACCUUGGUAGUUGCCCUUUCCAGGAAGUAUGGCAAACGUCUUGCUUCCUAUGCGCUUGCAAUGCUAUGCUUAACCAGUGGUUGUUUUUUUGCCAGUACAAGUUUUCUGCCAAGUUCAUUCUCAAUGUAUGCCGUGAGUCUCUCUUCGGGGUUAUUUCUUCUUGGAAAACCUGCAAUGGCUGUUGUUGUUGCAGCUGUUGGGGUAAUCCUUGGUUGGCCAUUCUCAAUCUUGGCUUUCCUUCCAGUUACAGUCUACUCUUUGGCUAGAAGAUUCAAGCAGACGUUUUUAGCUGGUGCAGUCACUUCUAUUGCUCUUCUUGUACUCUCAGUACUUGUUGAUUAUCACUACUACGGAAGGUGGACAUCAUCUGUUUUGAAUCUUUUGAUAUAUAAUGUCUUAGGAGGUGGUGAGAGCCACUUGUAUGGAAUUGAAGGGCCAUUAUUUUAUAUGAGAAAUGGAUUCAACAAUUUUAACUUCUGUUUCAUUCUCGCAUUGCUUUUCCUUGGAUUUUUGCCAAUUGCAAGAAGAAAGUAUGCCCCAGACAUGCUAAUUGUGAUCUCACCACUUUAUAUAUGGCUAGGAUUUAUGUCCUUGCAGCCCCACAAAGAAGAAAGGUUCCUUUAUCCAAUAUACCCGCUUGUUUGUGUUGCUGCAUCUGCUGUCAUUGAGAGCUUUCCUGAUCUUUUCCGAGAUAGAUACAACCCCUAUGACAAUUCUAUGAUAGUAAUGAUAGCCAAAUUUCUUAGACCUGCAUUUCUCGGCCUCAUAUUAUGUGCAUCUCAUGCUCGUACAUUCUCACUUGUUAAUGGUUAUGGUGCUCCUAUUGAGGUUUACAAAAUCUUGGAGCACCAUGAUGAUGCUGGAAAAGGUUCUGUGCUUUGUGUUGGAAGUGAAUGGCAUCGCUUCCCAUCAUCAUUUUUUGUUCCCGAUUAUAUCAGUGAAAUCCGGUGGAUUGAUGAUGGUUUUCGAGGUCUUCUUCCACUCCCAUUCAAUUCGACCAUGGGUGGGACUGCAGCAGCUCCUCCAUAUUUCAACAACAAGAACAAGGCAGCAGAUGAGCAAUAUCUCCUUGAUCUUGAAACCUGUACUUUCCUGGUUGAGCUGCAGCUUGAUCGACCUUACCCUUCACGCGGAAGUGACUUGUCAACUUGGGAGCCUAUUGCAGCGUAUCCUUAUCUAGACAGGGAGCUGUCGCCUCCCAUGUACAGAUCGUUUUUCAUCCCGCAUCUAUGGCAAGAGAAGAAUGUUUUUGGCUUGUACAAGCUGUACAAAAGAAUACCAAAAUGACAUGCUUUGUGGUUUGCUGAACAAUUGUAAUUCUUGUAGUUCCAAUUUUUGAUGCCUAACAGCUGAAAAUUUCAUCUCAAAAACUAGAGGAACUCCAACAGAAAUGUAGUAAUUGAGCACUUGUAUUUUAAAAUUUUUAAAUUUGAAUUCUGUAGUAAAUUGGUUUGUUAGUCUGA